AUGGAUCAUUAUGUCCUGCAUAGAAGGGAUUUGAAGUACAAAGGAAGGAACGUUGUUUGGUCACUUGCAAUGGAUAAGUGUUUAAUUGAUGCCCUUCUUGUUCAAGCUAGAAAAGGAAACAAAAUUAACAAGUGCUUUAAUGAAAAUGCCUACACUGUUGCUUGUAUUGCUGUGAACUUUCCCUGCGUCUCCGCAAGUGCUUGA